AUGGGUUGUUAUAGCCGUCUGUGCAAUAAUGUGAAUCCACCCAAUUCAUAUGAUCUUCAUAGAGAGCAUUGCUUACGAUCGUUGUCUUCUCUUUGCUACAAAAAAAAGGUUAUAAUGAUGAAGAUCGACUUUAGUGGGCUGCAAUCGACUGCAACAUCUUGUGGCCCAAACAAUGAAUUGUUUGAUGGGAUUUCAACUGCCCCUUCAUUCCAGAUUCCGGGCACUACUGAUUUUGAUGGAUUUCAGAAAGAAGCUAUCCAAAUGGUGAAGCCGGCGAAGGGAACCACCACUCUUGCUUUCAUUUUUAAGGAUGGUGUAAUGGUCGCUGCUGAUUCUCGUGCCAGCAUGGGAGGCUAUAUCUUUGAAGAAGCGGCAGAGUUGGCUAGACGAGCUAUUUAUCAUGCAACAUUCCGAGAUGGAGCCAGUGGUGGAGUUGCUAGUGUUUAUCAUGUGGGACCUGAUGGAUGGAAGAAGCUAUCAGGCGAUGAUGUUGGAGAGCUUCACUACAUGUAUUAUCCUGUUGAACCAACAGCAGUGGAACAGGAAAUGAUUGAAGUGUCUGGGGCCUGAGAGUGACAAAGAAAUAUCUGUUGUGACGUUCUUUGUAAUUGCUUGUAAUUGUUUUGAUGCUCGGAAAGUACAUAGACCGGGCUGGAUUUAAGUCAUUUAACUUGGUUUUUGCUGGUAUCAUUUUUUAUCCGGUUUUGAGAUUUUUAACGAUCAUGCUUGAUAUGUCAUUUUCCUUAUUUUUAAUGUUUCCCAUCUUUUUUGUUUGGACUUUGGAUGCUCUGUUUCGAGCAAUACUGUUUAAACUACCUU